UUUCCGAAAUUUAAUGCAAUUAAGAAGAAAUUUACAACAUAUUGGGUGUUAGUAUAGAAUUUUUGUUUUACUUUGAGUACUGACAUUUAAAAGAGUAAUUUGUCCUUCUAUCAGAUCAACGCUGCUUGCGAUUGUUAAGAAAUUAAAACAACCUUUGAUUCGAUUUAUGGCAAAUGUAAUUGAAAAAAACAACAACUAUUAAAUCAUCAAUAAAAGAGAACAGCUGUAGUUACACACAUUUAGGUAAGGUAGAUGUCUCACUAUUUGACAUUAAUGACGGUACAAUUUCCUAGGUUUUCAUCGUUUUCUGUAAUGGCUCCUCACAAAUUUGUCAUUAAGUGUGGGAAUUUUGCUGUGUUGGUGGAUCUCCACGUUCUGCCCCUGGGCGGUCAAGGGGACGCCAGCUGGUUUACUAUGGACCACAUUGAGGAGGUCACAGCUCUGGUUCAAGAUGCUGUGGACCAGAGGGUGAAGCAGUUCACAGAAUUUCUCCACCACAGAAGACACCUGAGACAGAGGAAUGAUCUGCCCCCUGCUUCAGCCUGUUUUAUGAGAGGGAAGACAUUCAACCUCAUUGCCAAUUUCCUGAAGCGGCACUUCAACUUGAGAUGCGUUGUCAAACAGCACUACGGAGACUUGCGUGUGUUUCCUGAGCGAUAUGUAGUGUGUGUGAGCUGUCCAGAGGAUGCCACAGCACACCAUGGAAACCCGAGCGCGGCCGCGGUGAGUGCUGUUUAUGCUCCUCCAUUUCCUCUUCCAUUUGACUGGCAAAAUGUUCUGAAUGGGUUUGAGUGUUAUUAUAGGGGGCUGCAGCCAAACACGUCUCCCCCUGUGUUGGUGCUGAUGGUCUUCCAUGGACUUGACUGGAGCUGAGGUCUAGAGCUGCAAUGUCAACCUCUGCUCCCAGAGUUUGCUUUUUUGCCACAGUUGUUUGGGGGUCAAUCUCACACGUGACACCUUAAUUUGGGAAGACAAGGAAAUAUAGACAAUGUCAUUUUGCAAGAUAAUAAGAUAAUAAUAAGUCUUAGUUUUAGACAUUGUGCCUCAGGAUAUAACAUUUAAUCAUUAUUGCCAUUUUCUUAACAUUUUUUCACUGAAAAUGUAAAUAAUCAGUUAGAUAGAUAGAUGUACUUUAUUGAUCUCAGGUUGAUUACAGUUUAUCCUUGAUGUAAUAUAUGACACACUGAUAAUAUUGUCCAUUUCACAUCAUGUCAGCUAUGGUUCAGGAAGACUGCAAAAACACUUUAUCACUCUGGUCUCCUUACAGUGUUUUGGGGGUUUCAAUCCCAAACUCCCCAGAGCAUUCUGGGAAAUUGUAGUGGAGCCUCUCACCUUGGCACUGACAUCAAGGGCAGACACAGGACUCUCCCAUCACAUCCCAUGAUCACUAACCCACUGUUUUUCUUUGCUGCUUUUGCUAUUGUUUCCCUUUGAAAUGUCUCUGCACUCUCUGCAGUUUGGCUUCCAAUGAAAGCAGCAAUUGUAAUAUUUUUAGUGGAGCAACAUAGUCGUCAGUGAAAAGUUCAGAUUGUGUAACCAAAUUUUCCAGUUCAAGGAGGCAUUGCCGUCGAUUGCGUUCCUCUCCUCAGGAUGUGGUUCUCUGGGCUCAUGCAGUACAAGCACUGGGAAUUCAGAGGGUGGGAGUCUGUGGUGUAGCCUUCACUCGACCAGCCUAGGGCAUGGUUUGUGAAGGAAAGAUACCAGACACCGAGGCUCACUUUUUCUCAUGACAAAAGCAAUUAUUUGUUUGUUUCCCUCUGCUCUGUUCCGUUUUUGUAAAAUUGGGAUUAUUUUUGACAUUUUCUUGUUGCCAACAGAGUCCAAAAUCCGACCGAAACAUUUCACCCAGUGCGUCACAGCUGAUGCAAAGCCCAAUACUUUUGCUGUCUAAGAAUAAUGUGGUUUAUAAGUUCUUUGACCAGUUUGGUCAUGUGUCUCUGAGAAUAUAUCUUUAAUCCCCCAGCUUUUGACAGUGCAUACCUGUUAGUCCCAGGAACAGCCAUGCUUUCCUGUAUUUACGCAGAUAUCAGUUUGUUAUAAGAGUUGCUUUUGUCUGACUUGCUGACCAAAAGAAAUCCUUCACCGCAGUGGAAAUGUAGACUCAUCAAUUUAACAGUUCUCAUAGGUUCAAAAAGUUAGGCAACUGGGAUGACAUCAGGAAUGACCUUUAGUUCCUGUGAUGCUACAGUAUCUCCCACAUUUUGACGCUGUUGUUCGUCAACAGCAUAGGUGUGGUUUAGUUGGAGGAGGAAAUAGUACGUUAGUCAUUUCUAAUUAAUUUGAGAAAGGAAAAGAGUGUUUUAGUGUAUUACACAUUUUCAAUUGAAUAAAUCUGUAACAUACCAUGCACAAUUAA